AUGCUCAAAAACAUACAGUGCCGAAGAAAUAGAUCAGUUUGCAACACGAUCAUUUUUCAAAAGUGUGAACAAUUUCAUGAGGAUCCUCGUCCUUUCGGAGCAUUUAUUCUGAACAUUUCUGGAGUUCUUCAUUUGAUCUCAUUUGCCUGCAGCCCAACAGAGCAUACCGAUCGGAAAAAGUUGAAGUCGAGGAGAUCAAAAGAUCAGAUAAUUCAUAAACAUCCAUUGACUUUAGCAAGAAAAGGAUUUAUUCGAUUUCUAAUAAAAGAAAUCAAAAAGACAGAAAAUACAAAUACAUCUUUAUUAUUUAUGAUAAAUGAUGACGCUGAACUCGAAAUGAAGCCAUCAUGCCAAAUAUAUUUGUAUUCAACGUAUUCAUAUGUUUGUGAGAAUGUCUACUGAGGACUCGAGGCAAUGAAAAAUCACGACACAAAUCACUGUAUAAUGAAUAAACUUCGCCGGUGGAUAAUGCUUGGUGUUCAGGGAGCAUUACUUUCAAAUAUUCUCGCUCCAAUUCAUAUUUCGAAAAUAAUAAUUGGUACAACUCCACCAGUUCCUAUUCAUGACAUUCGGAAUAUUUUAUUCUCAAAAUUAGACAUCAGAGACCGAGUUAUUCCGACGAUGGAAGCUGUGAAAAGAAUAUCUCCAACUAAAUCGCUCGAUCGAACAUUUUUAUGGUUUCAAGGGCUUAAUGGUCUUGAUGUAAUAGGACAUAAUGGAAAAUUGGAAUUGGAAGGAAAUGGAUAAAGUGUUUGCAAAGAGGAAAUCUUCAAAGCAUACCUACAGUUACGUGUUUCUGAUAAAAAAGUUUUGAAGUACUCAAGAGCAAAGAAAAAAGCCGGACAUUAUCAACAUUUGAAAAAAAUUCUUUAUAAAAAGUGGGAGUCCGAAAACAAUGGAAAAUGGAUAAAACGUAAAAGCAACCAAGUUGACAAAUUUUGGAUUGAAGUUAUAUGA